AUGAACAAGGAGAACGCCAAGGUGCGCGGCAACCAGCGCAAGCUGACGUUCCAGCGCCGAAAGAAGCCUACCCAACGCGUUGCGCAUCGACCCCAAUGCGGCCCCCACACGCACCAGCACGUUCUUCGGCACGGUGGGCUCGCCGAUCAAAAUGGGCACAGGAAACGCCCCGGCAGGCCGUCGAGCACCCAAACUGCCACCACGACCGGCACCGGAUGCGCCUGUUGACUCGGAGGCUGCGACGCUAGAUAUCAAUCAAAAGGCAGCUUUUCGGGAGGAGCUUCGACGGCAGCAGAAGGCUAAGCAACGGGCCGAAAAGGCCACGCAGCAGGAAAAGGAGAAAGAGACGAAGAAAGAGGAAGAGGCCGUGGCCACAGUCCGCAAUGACAAUGGCCGCAAGCAGCGAGGUCGCCGCAACUCGACCGAGUUCCUUGGCCAACCUAUGGAGCCCGUGCAGCAGCUAAAACUGGACGGGGCCAAGAAGGCUAAGAUUCCACAUUUCCUUUCAGCCUGGUUCAAUGCCGGUCAUGACACAAAGGCCACCAACGACACCGACAACAGCGACGCCGAGUCAGCCAAGACCGACCUGACUAUUAUCAGUAUUGACGAGAAGGAUGUUCCGGUCGAGCCUGUGAAACAAGAGGCCAAUGCUGCGGCCAAGCCUCCGCCAGCUCCAGUCGAAGUGUCUAAGGACAAAACAGCGAUGAAACACAGACCCACGAGCUACAGCCAGAACAUCAACUUCAGCGAGAUCACUUUGGGCCGGAUGAUCGGAGAAGGCGCUUUUGGCAAAGUACACGAAGGCAAAUGGCGUGGCAAAAGUGUUGCCGUCAAGUUGCUUAUCUGCCAAGACUUGCGAAGCGACAUUCUAAACGAGUUUCAGUCCGAGGUGGAAAUUAUGAGUGUGCUGCGUCACCCGAAUAUUUGCCGACUUUUGGGCGCGUGUAUGGAGCCGCCACACCGCGCGCUUGUGGUGGAGCUGUUGCAACGCGGAUCGCUGUGGGGAGUGCUGCGAAUGAACCGCAAAUCGAUCGACCAGGAGAUGAGAUCGCGCUUUAUCUACGACACGGCCAAGGGCAUGUCGUAUUUGCACCACUUUGAGCGCCCUAUUUUGCACCGAGAUUUGAAAAGUCCCAAUUUGCUCGUGGACAAAAACUUCAACAUCAAGCUGUCGGACUUUGGCCUUGCUCGAGUGAAGGCUCAUGUGCAAACCAUGACAGGCAAUUGCGGUACUGUCCAGUGGAUGGCACCGGAAGUACUGGGCAACCAAAAGUACACAGAGAAGGCCGACGUCUUCUCGUUUGGCAUUGUCAUUUGGGAGAUUGUUACAGGUGAGUGCCCGUACGACGGCAUGAGUCAGAUUCAGGCCGCGCUCGGUGUGCUAAACCGCAACUUGAGGCCCAAUAUCCCUCGCGACUGCCCGCCGUUCUUCUCACGACUGAUGAAAGCGUGCUGGAACCGUCAGCCGGAGCUGCGACCCAGCUUCCCGCACAUCGUCAACGCCUUCCGCACGUACCAGAGCUCCAUUUCCGAGUCGCGUGCGACCAGCAGCGCCGCGGCGUCGGCCAAAGCCGCCAUGGCCGCUUCGGUGGCUGCUUCAUAG